AUGUACAACAAAAAAAGAAAAUACUUCCCAUCUCUAAGAAAACAUCAACUCCACUCAGAUAUUGCCUUUUCGUUGAUACAGCCGCUUGCAGGAUUGGACAGUUUGCUCGCUCCGAACAACACUGCUCCGUUGGCAUUUGAUAAUGCCGACCUGAGCUAUGGUCGCUGGGAUAGCCAGCAUUUGUAUAAGAUCAAGGAUUUUGCGCUCCUAGGGGAACAGUACACCGAGUCAUCUGAGAGCAGUUUGGUCUGCCUCGCCACUCAAACUUCGGUGGAGCGCUUGAACUCCUUGCCUCAGGUCGCUACAAACUGGCAAGGGCCGAUGUCAGUGGCCGUGUUCUCUGCCAGCCACGAGGAAUUUGUUGUCUUGCAAUACUUUGUUACAUAUAUGCGGCUUUGUUUCCCAAACAUAAGGGAAAACGCCACUUUCCACUUGCUCACCCCACCCGACUACGAUAAGCUGCCCCGACUCGUAUCCAUUUCGUUUAAUUUGAGGGGAAAAUUCGACUGCCAGUAUCCAGACAGAACGUUGAAGGCUUUGCUGAAACUCCGGUCCCUGAAAAGUUUGCAGUGGCGACAAAGGAAUCCCUAUCCCCAAAAUCACAUGCGAAAUUUAGCCCGGAAAGGUUGUCAGACAAAGUACACCUUUCUCACAGACAUCGACAUAGUCCCAAGCACGAACAGUGUUCCUCAACUCAACAAGUUCUUGAAAACCGCCAAUUGCUCAAAGAACUGCGCCUACGUAAUACCAACCUUUGAGAUAGACGUUCGAGCCUCGUUUCCCCGCUCAAAGUAUGGCCUACAGAGGUUAAUGAAAAAGGGUCUGGCGAGGCCAUUUCACGAAAAAGUCUUCAUCUACAACCAGUACGCGACAAAUUUUAGCAAAUGGUUAUCUUCGAAUACAAACGAUACGGAGGUCUCUAUAAGCCACGUCGUUACAAAUUUUGAAUUUUUAUAUGAACCAUUUUACAUAGCAAUCGACAGUGCACCAGCGCACGACGAACGAUUCACAGGCUAUGGGUUCACCAGGAACUCCCAGGUUUAUGAAAUGCAUAUUGCUGGAUAUCAGUUCUAUGUACUGACGCCUGUUUUCACUGGUCAUUGGGGCCUCCAGAGGAAGCAGGCGAGGCCCGCUUGGCGAGAACAGCAGAACAAUGUGAAUCGGAGAAAAUUUGAUGUUUUCAAAAGCGAAAUAUUUUUGCGGUACAAAAAUGAUCCACGCCUGUUGUUACAAUCUAAGAAGAAUCAAAUCCUAAUCAAAUAAAUUAGUUGAUAAUAUAAAAGCUCAGAAAUGGUCUAUGUCGAAGAAGGCUUUU